AAAAUAAUAGGAUAUUGGUAAAAUUGGAAGAGAAACUUGGAAAGAACCUCUGACGACAGCUCAUAGGCGCAGUUGUUGACGGCAAACGAACGGAGACACAAAUAAAACAAAACAUCAUCUUUCUUCUUUGUAUUUGAACAACGUUAAUUCAUUCAAUUGUUUUUUUUUGUUCAAAUUCCGGUGAGGCCUACGGUGGUGAAACAUGGCCGUGUCUGGUGGUGACAACGAUGAUGCCUCCAAACUAGACCUCUUUCACCUCAUCAAACGCUUUGGUGCUUUUGUUACUUUCAAGAUCGGUCAUCUCUUCUCUCUCGAUAUUCGCACUAUUGGGGCGGUAGCUGGUCUUGCUGUUGCGAUUGUUUUCACUUGGAGGUUGUUGAGAUCUCCUAAUCCUACACAAGGGAGGCAACGGAAAAGGCAAGGUGGUGCAUCUAGUAAUCCUGGAGCUAGCACAAAUUCAAAUGCGUCGGUUGUUCCUUCUGAUGCUUCUUUACCUUCAGAUGAAUUAAGGGCACAAAAUGUUGUAGAUGAGUUCUUUCAGCCAGUCAAGCCAACCUUGGGGCAGAUAGUGAGGCAGAAGUUGAGUGAAGGAAGAAAGGUAACCUGUCGUCUUCUUGGAGUGAUCCUUGAGGAAAGUAGUCCAGAGGAGCUUCAGACCAAAGCCACUGUGAGAUCCUCUGUGCUAGAAGUAUUGUUGGAAAUAACUAAAUUCUGUGAUUUAUAUCUCAUGGAUCGGGUUCUGGAUGACGAAAGCGAGAAAAGAGUUCUUGUAGCGUUAGAAGAAGCAGGGGUAUUCACUUCGGGUGGUUUGGUCAAGGACAAGGUUCUCUUCAGCAGCACUGAGAAUGGACGCUCGUCAUUUGUUCGUCAAUUAGAACCAGAUUGGCAUAUCGACACAAAUCCCGAAAUUGUCACUCAGUUAGCUAGGUUUAUCAAGUAUGAGCUCCACAUAGCGCCGUAUAAAACAGAACGAACUGCCGCUAAUGUGUUCAGUGCUCCAUCGUUGGAACUUUUCUUUGGAUCUGCAUGAGAACCAAAAAACACUACUAAUCACAUGUUAUUCAUAAGUGUCUACUAGUUUGGUUUGUGUCAGAAUCUUGGAUUCAACCUUUCACCAUACAUUUUUUCCCAGCUUUUCUAGACGGAUGAGAAAACUAGGUUAGAUUUUCUUCAAGCUUUGAUGGGUUUCUCACACUAGGUUGGUGAAAGACCUGCUUCUGUGCAUGUGUAUGAUGCUUUGAGGAAGAAGUUAUAUUGUUUUUUCUUUGUUUACCUUUUGUUUGAAAAUUGUGAAUUAGAUUCAGACAUUUUGAACUGACAAGGUAACAAUUUAUGUUAGAUGUUUGUAUUCUAUCCUUUUACAAACAUGAUAAUAUGUCAUCAAGGACAAUGUUAAUGACCAUCCUUCAACCAAUACUUGUCAAUGUAAAAGUUUUUUGAUGCUUAAA